AUGAGACCAACAACGUGGGCGUUCAGCGCCACUGUCGUGCUCGGUGUCUUACUUCCAGCGGCGGUCACUAACGCAGCCCCCUCGGUGGCCGCUGAAAGAGCGCUUAAUGGAACAACGAUCAUCGCCGGCCAGGCAGCGCGGGCCGAUGCUCCUUCAACUUUGCCGGCGACAACGGCUAACCCCGGGAAGUCCGUCACGUCAAGUCAAUCUUCCGUGAAGAGCAGCGUCUCCCCCUUGGAGCCGCGGCUAGAAAUCGGGCACUCGGCGGAAAAGGCUCGCGAAGAGCUCGGGGCGACUUCCAUGCCCGAACAAAAGUUCUCCGAAGUCAAUGUCGAGGAGAACAUGGUAAUGAGUGACCAGGAGGCUAACCGUUUGAAACCGAAUCACAGGAAGGUUGUACAGCAACAGCACCGAGAGAACGUCGAGAAAGUUAUCGGUGAGGCUCAAUUCGAUUUCGAGCAUUACAUCGUUCCAUCAUUGUUCGGUGCUCCUGAGGACAAUUCGAAAUCCGAGCGUGUGGAUCAAGCAGCACCUCGAGUGCCUCUACCGGUUCUGGAAGUUCCCGAUGCUUCGGCACUUCGGAAAAUUUUGGAGUUCCUGGGCUUGGACGAAAUCCUCGUGGAGCAGCCUUUGCAGGAGAGUGACAGACCGGUGAAAGGAAGCCUUCAGAGGGACGGGGGCGGCGACGACGAAAUGCUCAUCGUGAAAAGCGUCAAAGUCAACGUGAGAAAGACUUUCACCCAAAUUCAAAACUUCCAGCUUGGUCUUCCGACACCGUACCAGUUCGCGUAUCGAGUGGAUACGACAGAGGGAUCUCACGGUCAUGCCGAAGUGUCUGAUGGGAAUGGUCGCGUCGAAGGAUUCUACGUGAUUAACUUAGGCGACGGACGGAUCAGAACGGUGAAGUAUUAUGCCGACGAGACGGGAUUUCAUCCUACGGUCGAGAGCAACGAGCCCGGCGUCGCAUCGAGCGCUCCAGCCGACGCACCCUUCUCGGUGUUCGCUCUAGAUGAACGAGGCGCGGCAACACGUAAACCCAUUCCGGCCGAAGCUCCCGUGGCACUUCCAAGUCCGGUCCCGAUUCCGAAUCGAGUCACCGAGCCGGCACCUGUUCCCGCAUCGAUCCCGCAACCAGAAGCCCUUCCCGUCGCGGUACCUCCGCCCGAAGCUCAGCUCGUUUCAAUUGCAGCACCCGCAGCGGCAUCCGUAGCCGAAGCGUCGGUCGAAGCGCCGCGUUCAGAGCUCGCUCCAGUUGUUGUGUCGGCCCCCGUAGCCGCUUCUGCUGCUGGAAUCGCCUCAGCUGAAGCCCUCCCAGCUAAAACAGCCUUGGAAAAGCCUGCCUCUUCGGACAUCCCGAAAGUCUCCGAUCUACCGGCAGCAGGAUCUGCGCUGAGCGAGCGAAGAAUAUUCGGGUCAGGAGAUUCGGGGGAAUUCUCGGACGAAACUUCCGCGGAUUCAACAACGUCCUGGGAGGAAUGUUAGAUCGUGUGAGGAGCUCUCAAAUCAUAAUUUAAGCAAAGCUGUACAUAAAUA